GUGCUGCUGAAUGCUGCUGUUCCAGAAAAUGUAGUAGAAUGCGUAACCUCCUACUGAUGCCAGCCAGCUAUGAUUUUAAUAAACACAUCUACCAAUCCAUAUGAGCCUUAUUCAUGCAAGAAGGAUUGCAAGCCAACAUCAGCAACAGAUCCUGCAAGGAUAGAUCUGUGAACCACUAACGUUUCUCCAAGCUCUGUGAACCAUUGACAUUUCUCCAGGGGAGCAUGGGUCAGACCAAUGCCUGGAAGCAUCAAGUGCAGAGUGAGAUCAAAAACAUCUGCGUGACCAUGAUUAUAACAAGAUAAUGAGGCACAGCAGGUGCCUCCUCCUUUACACCUAAUGUCCCAAAUGUGAUGCCGGAUAAUUCUGCUCACAUAGGCUCCUUACAAAUUCCUCCUGGCCAUCCUGGGGCUAAUUCAUCUUCAGUAGGUAAUGUACUGUGUUCCAUGGUCUGACACAAGGCACUUCGGUCAGAUGAUUUGUUAUCAAUAAUCUCCUGGAAUGUGGUGGGCUGGUCCAAUACGUCCUUUAUCCCUGACUUCCUUGCAUUCCUUAAUAAGCAUCAUAUUGUAUUGCUUCAAGAGACCUGGCUCACUGAGGAACUACACCUAAGUGGAUUUGUAAAUUACUCAAAUGAGGCUGUCCCAAGCAUUAAAGGCGGCCAUCCAAAAGGUGGCUUAGUAACCAUGAUUUCAACUAAAUUAGGUUUAACGACGAAGAGAAUAGAGGGGCUGGAGGAUACAGCACUUGCUGUAUCAUUCACCCUGCAAACUGAUCUUUUUGUGGUGAUUAAUGCUUACCUCCCCCCCGCAACUAAAAAACAAUCAGUCAGGGAGCUAUGGGCUAGGUUGCAGGAGUAUGUUAUCAACCUUAUGACCAAGUAUCCCUUAGCUCAUAUUAUUUUGGCGGGGGAUCUUAAUGCAAGGACCGGGGUUAAUGAUGAAGCCUUAUAUGAACGUUUCCAGCUAGUCCCUCCAACAGUGGAAUUGCCUCCCUCCUUCCCUUGUAGGCAAUCUAAGGACAAAGGUUGUAAUUUUGCUGGCCUUUGCCUACUACAGAUGACCCAUGCUCUUGACUUGAUUGUGUUAAAUGGAGGCGUGGUGGGAGAUUUGCACGGUGAAUACACCUAUGUAACGUGCCAUGGGACAUCCACUAUUGAUUAUUUUAUGGUUUCACCGAACCUGCUGCAGCAUGUUGUUAGAUGUAACACAGAUAUAAGGGAUGAGAGCGAUCAUCUCCCCCUGACUCUCACACUUAACCUGGGAUAUGAGAAACUACUACUGGCUUGUGAACCCUUGCACAAUCUAGCAGCGGAGAGAAGAGUUGCCCGUAUUAGGUGGACUCCCACUAUAGCCAAUAAGAUUUCUAAAUUUCUCUAUUCUGCAGACAUACUUAGCCUCAGGGACAGGUUUUCAUCUCAAACUGCCCCAGAGUCUAUCUGUAUACUGUUUCAGGAUUUGUUGAGAUCCAUAAAUAAUUCCCCAAACUUUAAAAAGGAGAUAAGAUCUUGUGCCAUCGGGAGCGUGUCCAAGCCUUGGUUUGACCAGGAUUGUGUCUUACUGAAGAAUACCCUUAUGGACAUCUAUAGGAGAUAUAGAACUUCUGAAUUACCAGCACUCCCCGCAGAAUAUCUAGAUAUCAAAAGACGCUAUAAAAUCUUAAUUAAACAGAAAAAGAAAUUACACCAAAGGGAAACCUGGCAAAGAUUAAUAGAUGCCUCCAGACUAAAAGACUCAGGAAGGUUUUGGAGGCUGGUUUCCAGAGGAUGGCAGUCUGUUCCGCCAUGUAUUGAAUAUCAUAUACCGGCCAGCAAAUGGGAAUCCUAUUUUGCUGGCAUUUUUGCCAAGAGCUACAAUACUAAUAGUUUAUUGUGGGACGAUUUCAAUAACUUACCCAGCUGGCCCCCAGUUUCCAUCUGUGAGAUAACCGCGCUCAUUAAUAAACUAAAGACGGGCAAAGUGCCAUGUGUUGACAACAUCCCCCCGGAAUUUCUCAAAGAACAUCUAGAUUGGUGGGCACCUAUCCUGGCAGCCUUGUUUACAGCCAUAGAUCAAUCAAUCUGUAUUCCUGAUGACUGGCAGAUGGCUAUUGUUGUCCCCAUAUAUAAGAAAGGUAAAAGAGCGGAUCCAUCAAAUUACAGACCUAUUAGUCUUCUUAGUGUCAUCAGCAGACUUUAUACUAGCCACCUCCUUGAGAAGUUGAGCUCUUGGCUGGAUGAUGAAAACCUUCUGGCUGAUGAACAAGCUGGCUUUAGAUCGGGUCGCUCCACCGUGGAUCAGGGUCUUGUCCUCCAGCAUUUGGUUGAAAAGUACUCCUCUCCCAAGGGGGGAGCACUUUUCACUGCUUUUAUUGAUCUGAAAUCAGCUUUUGAUCUAGUAUCCCGGGAAAGACUCUGGGAGAAAUUAAAGGAUACAAAUAUGGACAGAUGCCUGCUCUGUUUAAUCCACUGCUUGUAUGAGAAGACCUAGCUAAGGGUCAGAUGUAAUCAGGCUGGACAUUUGUCCGCACCAAUACCAACUUUUAAUGGAGUAAAACAGGGAUGUGUCCUUGCGCCCUCCUUAUUCAAACUUUAUAUUAACCCAUUGGUUAAACGAUUAUUGGUGGUAAAUUCUCACCCCCCUAAUCUGGUGAGGAGACAUGUGUCUUCUCUAUUGUACGCUGAUGACAUUGUUCUCCUAUCUCAAACGCCUGCUGGAUUGCGUCGCCUACUAAGAGAACUUGCCUUAUUCUGCACUGAAGAACUUUUGAAAAUCAAUUAUGCCAAAUGUAAGGUGUUAGUUUUUUCUAGAAGAAGACACAAGCAUCGGUGGCUAAUUGAUAAUCAACCUAUUGACCAAGUCGAUGCUUUUAGCUACCUUGGAAUAUUAUUCCACUCCUCAGGCUCCUGGAAGGCACACCUGACUAGGUCUGCUGAGAUUGCUCAGAAAACGGUUAAGGCUUUGCUCUCUUUUUUUUAUAUACAAAGGGUGGUUUAUACGUGCCGGCAGCUGUACAGGUAUUCAAUGCCAAGGCCCUUGCCCAAUUACUCUAUGGGAUGCAGAUUUGCGGCGGGGGUAAUUACACACCGUUGGAAGUUGUUCAAUCAAAAUUUCUGAGGUCUAUAUUGGGCAUCCCAAGUUGUGUCCCCAAUGUGGCCUUACAUUUAGAAUUGGGAGCCCUUUCAAUCGAGACCCGAGCCUGGAUGUAUAGAUUCAGCUACUGGCUGAAGCUUCUAUUUGUGCCCACGGGACUGGCCCCUUUAACUUUGGCAGAUACUUUCCAGUCCCAAUGGAAGCAGGCACUGACAAAAAAAUGGGAAGCCCUUGGUUUCUCGCUCCCGGCGAUCGGGGCCUUAGGUUAUACAAAGGCUAAAACAACUAUAAUCCAACGCCUCAAAGACACUGAACUUCAGAAUAAUUGGAGCUUGGCCACUGCAUAUUCCUCCUGUUACAUCAAUGUGAAACCCUUUGUUCCCGUCAAUUAUAUUUCAGACUUGCCCAAUUUUAAACAUAGGAGAGCAUUUGCUUUAGCAAGAUUUGAUGUCCUUCCCUCAGCACUCCUGGAGGGUAGGUACAAGGGUGUUCCCCUGCCCAAACGGACUUGCCCUUGCAGAGCUGAGAAGGUGGAGUCUAUACAGCACGCAUUGUUGUACUGCCCCUUAUACUCGGAUUUUCACUGUAAAUUUAUUUACCCAGUUUGGGGUGAUUUUCACCCGGGCUUGGAGGUGGUUCUCUUGCAGCGCCUACUGGCAGACCUGGAUUCCCGGAUUACCGCGAAGGUUGCUUCAUUCUGUGUUGCGGCCAUGGCCCGCAGGAAGGAAUUAAUGAGCUCUUUGUAAUCAACUUUUAGUUGCUAAUUGUAUUAACCUUGGUGACCCUGAUUUAUAUUUUAACCCUUAUUUUAUUGUUCCCCUUUUAACAUUUUGUCA